GUUCUUUCUCUUUUGCCACUAUCUAGUUCAUUAUCUUCGACUUCAAUUUCAUAUCUAAAAUGCCUACCCAAAAGUCUCAGAGACUCUAAUUCAAUUCAAUCACUCCGAUUAAAUGACUCGAAUAAUGAGCAGCUAAUAUGAAAAUUACUGUUAGUGAAUCCUCGGCUCAUCCCGAUGGCGUAGGCUAGUCAGUAUACCGGCGUCUACCAGCUUGUCACGCUACUAGUGAGAAAAGCCUGCAUCCAGGCGAUCACGCAAUUGGGUCCACACGAAAAUUUCGACCUCUGUCUGUUCGAUGUCGCGACAACCAUGCGUGUAUAUAAUGCGUGCUCAUAGGCCCAUAAGGCGUGGCGCUCUGCCACAUCGGAAGAAAACCUCGCGUUUCUUUUGUGUCUGUUGCGUUCGUAGCGACUUUACUCACACCUAGAUAUACACACUAGGUAGUGUUUGGUGGUAUUACAGAGUAGCGACGUGAAUAUCGUCAAAAAUUCGAGAAAAUGGCGAGUUCAACUUCGGAUCACACCGAAACCCCCGAGGAGGUCGCUGUCCCCGCGACCUCCACGCCGCUCAAACACUCGAUCUUCCGAUCCGUCCCCUUCCAGAUCGCCGUCGCAUGCGGCGUCUCCUUCACCGCGCCAGGAAUGUGGGAUGCGCUAGGCGGUCUCGGAGCCGGUGGCGCUGCUGAACCCUACGCCGUAUCAGCAGCCAACGCUCUCGUCUACGGUCUCUUCUCCAUCGUAUGCGUGGCCGCCGGCGCAAUCAACAACCGCAUCGGCCUCCGCUACGGUCUCGCCCUCGGCGCGAUCGGGUACCCGCUCUACGGCGCAGGACUAUACACCAACAACGUCAACGCGACUACCUGGUUCAUGCUGUUCGGCAGCGCUCUGUGCGGUAUCUCCGCUGGUUUCUUCUGGGCUGCCGAGGCUGCUAUCAUUAUCGGAUACCCGAGCCCCAGCGAUCGCGCGUUCUACCUCGCCGUCUGGCAAACUGCGAAGGCGGCCGGUCCUAUCGUCGGAGGCGCUAUCAACCUCGGCCUUAACGCGAAUCGCUCGAGCGCUGGUUCAGUGGGCUCCGCUACGUACAUUGUGUUCAUCGUGAUCAUGUGCCUUGGCCUACCAAUUGCUCUCUGCCUCAGCCCCGCGAGCAAAGUGUGGCGACGCGACGGCACCCUCGUCGUCGUGCGCAAGGAGCCGACGUGGGGCGCUGAGUUCCGCGCCGUGGGCUCGCUGCUGAAGUCCCGGCGCGUGCUGCUGCUGCUUCCGGCGUUCUUCAUUAGUUAUUUCUACAACGGCUUCGUCAGCACGUGGUUGACGAAGUACUUCACCGUUCGCUCGCGCGCCUUUUCGUCCUUCUUCACCAACUUCGCGGGAAUCUUCAGCUCGUUCUUGGUCGCUGCGCUGCUUGAUCGGCAGAGCAUAUAUAUCCGAACGCGGGGCCGCAUUGCGUUUUCUGCGAUCGUUACGAUUCUCAUCGGGACCUGGAUCUGGGCUUCGGUUCUGCAGAAGCGGUUCUACGACGCCCCUGAAGCUCCUGUCUUUGAUUGGUUUAAGGGCGGGUUUGGCUCCGCGUAUGCGCUUGUGUUCUUUUGGACGUUCGCGGGACAGGCGUUCCAGCAGUUCCUUUAUUGGCUUGUGGGACAGUACGCGACGGAUCUGUCGUCGCUGUCUCAUCAUACUGGUAUCUUGAGAGGGGUUGAGGCUUUGGGACAGACGGUUGCUUGGGCAAUGCAAACUGAAGGUAGCGCCAACCACUUCGUCAGUAUCGGGCUUAACUUCGGCAUCACCGUCCUCUGCAUUCCGUUCACCUGGAUCGUGCUCUCGGAACUCGACCAUAGCCAUGAAGUUAAGGUGACGGAGGCUCAGGUCUCGACAGAGAGUGCGCUUAAUAAGCAGGAUGAUGUUGAUGCUGUUGCUGUUUGAUGCUUGGUCGUUUGUGUGAAUGUUUAUUGCGUUUGCUAAGGCAUUGGGAUAUAUAUCGUGAUAAUAGACGGGAUUGGGAUGGGAGCUUUGGAUGAUACCCUAGGGACUUAAUAGACUAUGGCG